GAUUAGGCACUGCUCUUUGUCCGGGGUCAAUUCAUCGGUCUCUGAUUGGCAAGGUCCCGUAUCUUGGCAAGGCUGUGCGAGUCUGACUCUCUACAGCUGCUGUAUAAAGUCGUGCUUAUUCUCUGCUCCAGAGUUUUACUGUUUCUGAAUUCUAACAUAUUCGAGGCUCGAUCAAAGACCAAGAACUCAGCCAGGAUAACAAGAUGAUUGAAAACCAGGUCGAAAUUGCCGCCUCGCCAGCACAAGUACGAGAAGCCCUCCUCGACUUCUCCAAGUACCCAGAGUGGCACACUAGUUUUAUCAAGCUACUUCAACCAGAAGAUGAGACCAAGUCCUUGCGAUCCCUACAGCCAGGAGAUAAGAUCAAAUGCGAUAUUGACGGUAUGAAGUUUACUGCCGAGAUUAAGGAGAAUUCAGAUUCGCUAUUUCAAUGGCAAGGACCCCCGGUCUUUGGCUUAAUUGCCGGUCUCCACAGCUUUCACAUGGAACCGGCCAACAACGGCUCCUCGACGAUCUUUAAACAGACAGAGAAGUUUUCUGGACCUAUUUCGUUCUUGAUGGGACCCUCGCUGUUGGGGAGGAAGAUGCUAGGCCAGUUUGGCCAAUUCAAUCAGGAUCUGAAGGACCGUGCUGAAGCAUUGAAGUGAUAUGGCUGUUACGACGACAACCUACGUUGGGAUAUGGUUUGGGCAUUCUCGAGGUUCAGUGACUUCAUCAUUACGUGCGUCAUCGAUUAUAAUAGUGUUCUUAAGAUCAGGGUCAACUCGAGCCAACCCAAUAUGACUAUCGAAUAUUCCCGACAGAUACGGGGGUAGCUGGAUUUCGACUGCCAAGAAGCAUUGAAAGAUUGCACCUUCUAUGUGGCAUGCAUUGCAUAACUCGAGAGCAAUUGAUGAAUAACAUGCUCAAGCCCAGGAGGAUCUACUAUCAGCCACUCAUCCACUCCUACCUGAGCGGGGCGUUCCAGUGUCCAGGGUCUGAUUUGCAAACAACCUUCUCCGCGUACACUGUCCACUUCGAUGUGAACAGAGCCCCUCGAGAACUUAAUCGGCGAUUAAGCCAAGCACACGUUCGUACAUAUUAGGAAGCAGAGUGCUGAUG